CAUAUCUGAAUGUUAUUAUGACCAUGGUUUUUGUUUUAUGUAAAAAUAUUUACUGAAGGAAGUGAGAAGAGUGGGUCACUUCUUUUGGCUUAAAAGUCUCUGCAAUCAGGCCAAAAACCCCAACCAAAAAAAUUAAGUGACAGAUAGUGACAUUUGACAAUGUUUUCAUGUUUAUUUUAUUAUGCGCAUGCGCUUCUCAGAUUUCCGACUUUACGUGGUCACAACUUUAUCGCUUCCUAUUUCAUCAUUUUAAAUUAGUUUUGUAGUGCUCUCAGUUUAAAUAAAUUUAUGCUCACAGUUAUGAAUUCAAAAAAAUGUGCAAGUACUAAAACGUCCAUGACACCAAAUUCGUUUUGGAUAUCUAUUGAUAUCUUAAUAAAGAAACCGCAUGUUGUUAAUAAAAGAUUAUGGGGCAGUAAAAUAAUAUAUAAGCUAAUGUGUACGCCACCUUCGUCAAUCUGGACUCCACCACUAGGCUGUAAAAGAAUAGAAGAUUUAAAUGAUAUUGAAAACUACAAAACGAAGAUUCUAAAAGAAUUUAACAUUGUAUACAGUAAGGAUGAAAGUCCUUCUAAUAUAGAAAUAAUACUUACGGAACUUCUUCCAAAGAACUACAACGAGUCUCAUGCUUUCCAAUUGGUAUUAUUGAGGAAGGAAAACUUCUCGGCUACAUUUUAUGAUGUGUCACCUGAAGAUGAGAACCAAAACAUAAGUCCUAUGUUUUCCUACACUUUCCAGUUGGUGAAUGACACAGUUGUUUUAAAUUCAGAAUGUAAUACUUCUAAAUCUUACCUAUGGUUAAAAGAUACAGUUCUGCCACAGUUUGUAAAAUGGGGUGAAGAAUGUGUGGAGCAGCAACAAAGUAUAUGUAAUGAAUCCCUUGCUCUAGUGUCCAGCGAGAAAUACUAUCAGAAAUACAAUGAUUUAAAAUUAAAAUAUGGAAAUGAGAUGGUAAAAAAAUGGCCAGAAUGUACAGACCCUCAAAAGUUUGUAUAUGAAGAUGUAGCCAUUGGCACAUAUCUGUUGCUUCUUUGGGAAGAAGAAAGACAGCACCUGGGUUUAAAGACCCCACAGAGGUUUGUGGAUCUUGGCUGUGGCAAUGGAUUGCUUGUCUACAUCUUAACUCAGGAAGGUCAUCAAGGGCUAGGCAUUGAUGUGACAAAGAGGAAAAUAUGGGACAUCUAUCCUGCUGAUGUCAGUCUUGAGGAAAAAACAAUAACUCCUUCAGACAUCAACAUUUUUCCAGAGAGUGACUGGCUUAUAGGCAAUCAUUCAGAUGAGCUCACUCCAUGGAUACCAGUCAUAGCAGCAAGAAGCUCUUAUAAAUGUAACUUUUUCCUACUUCCCUGCUGUGCCUUCAACUUUGAUGGCACUAAAUAUCGGCGACAAAACUCGUCUGUAAGUCAAUACACUGAGUACUUACAAUACAUCAAAAGCCUUUGUGAAGAUUGUGGUUUUAUAACAGACAUAGAUAGAUUGAAAAUACCAAGUACUAAAAGGAUAUGCCUUGUAAGCAGAGGCAGAAAUUAUCCUAAAGAAGAGUUUGGCAGAUACUGUGAAAAAAUACAGAAUAUAAUAAACAAUGGUGCUAGUGUGCCACCAGAUGCUGCACAAAAUUUAAAAAGAAGUUGGAUACACGAUUUCAAGGCAAGAGAGCCAGUGCAAAAAGUUAGAAACUGUACACAAAUAGAUAAGACUCUUAUAGAUAGCAUUGUUGAUAAAAUUUCAAAUUAUCUUUUACAAGGUUGUAAUUUGGAUUCUAAUUGGUCUAUUGGAAAGUCUGCUGAACUGAAUGAAGUAGUGCAAUUAAUCCCACAGGACCAACUAAAAUCUUUAAAAUCUGAAUGUGGCGGUCUCCAAACCCUUCUAAAGAAUAAUCAUCACAUUUUUAAAGUUCAAGGUGGGAUAGUUCAACUUAGGUUCCCAAAAACUGUGGAGGAAGUAAAUAAGAAUAUGAAAAGUAAUAAAAAUAAAUCAUGUAGUAUAAAAGUUCAACAAAAGCCAUGUUGGUUCUACAAUAAUCAUCCACAAGGCUGCCCUUUAACAGACAAAAACUGUAGUUUUCUACAUGUUAGAAAAUAAAUAAAAAUCAAUUUAUAA